AUGGAAACACCAGAAAGUAACAAAGCCCCCCCAUUAAUCUACACCUUCUCCCACGACCCUUCCCUCGCACAAUACAACGUCCACCCCACCCCAUGGAUAACCACAAACCACAAAGACUGGGAACGCAUCAACACCAGCGCCCUGGUAUUCAACAACCAGAACCGCAUCCUCCUCGUCAAACGAGCAGCCAGCGACUCCGAGCCAGGGAAAUGGGAAGCACCCGGCGGAAAAGUCGACGACACGGACGCCACGAUUCUGCAUGGCUGCGUACGAGAGCUGUGGGAAGAAUCGGGCCUAGUUGCAGAGAGUGUGAAGCGAGUUGUGCCACAGGGUCGGGGGAGGUUGGCGUACAAUGUGUUUAAUAACGAGGAGAGGACGAGAGCGGUUGGCAAGUUUCACUUUGAGGUGGUUGUGCGGGAUGGGGAAGUGCGGGUGAAUAAGGGGGAGCAUGAGGCGUUUAAGUGGGCGACUCUGGACGAUAUUGAGGAGGGGGAGGUUGAGAUUACGAAGAAGGAUCAUCGGUGGAAUAUUUUGGAGGCGUUUAGGUUGAGGAGGGAUGAGGAGAGGAAGGAGAACGAUGAGAAGCAGGAGCCCGUGUUGUGGGAUGGCUCCCCAGUGACCAUUCCCUUGGUAUAUUUGGGACCGGCUGGGGAUGACGAGUUCAGUGAGUGUUGGUAG